GAAAAGUGAAAACAAACCAAAAAAAGGGAGUUGUUGUGAAGUGCAGGAAGAGGUUUAGAGGGAAGAUGGAGGAUGGUGGAGCUUCUAGCAGCGGUGCUGUGGAGAGUAAAGCCGGCUUUGUGCUCGGAAAUGUGGCGGAAGUCGUGGAGAGAAUCUUAACGUUUGUGCCGACCAAAUCUGUGUUCCGGUUCGCGAGUGUUUGUCGGCUGUGGAGGAACUGUGCACGGCGAGUGCUGAGAACACGACAGAACCUGACGUGGCUCUCGGCUUCCGGUUCAUCGCUAUAUGAGGAACACGUUCUCCUCAGAACCCUGGAGGAUGGACUGGAGAAUGUCUUUCUGCUGCCCCACACGGUGUUGUUAAUGAUAGACAAUGAGAACUUUACUGGACAUCAUGGUGCUUUCAGGCAUAAAAAAGCCAGGCGGUGUGAGCCGGAGGACAAGUUGGACGUGGUGGAAAGGCUGAGACGUUUGUUGCCCAGCAGCUGUGACAUCUUGUGCAUCAUUACUCCAGGAAUCGUGUUGACCCCCAGUGAGCCGUCCUGUCGUGCCCCUCAGGAGUUCAUGGAGGGUGAAGCUGGUUUCAGUCUUCUGUUUCCUGCAAUGGAGGGAGUUCACAUCAGACCGUUUCACUUCUGCAAAAAUAGCCUCAACGACAAUGCUUUAGAGAAAGCAGGCUUGGCCGGGAAUCCUGACCUGAAGGUGGUGCUGCUGUUUGGCUACGACGCCUACAAAACCGGAGCUGCACGCUUCCUUAAUCAGCUGCUAGAACCUCUGGGGCAGAGUAACGUCCUUAUCGCCGGUGGUCAUGUAGAGAGAGUUCUCCCACACAAGAGGGACUGUUGUUCUCCUGGUUCCUUCGGUGUGGCAGGUCUCACUCUGAGUGGUCCCAGGAUUCAGGGAGCCUCAGUGCUCAUGGAUCAGGAUGUGAGCACGCCCGCGUCGGCCGAAGUCACCCUCCGACGCUUGAAAGCCGCCAACAUUCCAGAGUCCAACACCGUCGGCUUCAUGUUCGCCUGCGUGGCGCGGGGACACAACCACUACGGCGGGCAGCACAACGUAGAGGCCGACGUCUUCCACAAACUCUUCCCCGGAGUUCCUCUGUUCGGGUUUUUCGGAAACGGAGAGAUCGGCUGCGACCGCAUCGUAAAAGAAAACUACACACUGAGUCAGACAGACGUUAACGGACUGCAGCACGGUUACACCACCGUCAUGAGUCUGGUGCACUUGGGAUGACACAUACACUCUUUCUCUCUCUCUCUGUCUCUCUCUCUCUCUCUGUCUCUAUCUCUGUCUCUCUCUCUCAUUCUUUCAGGGCUAACUAGAAGCGUGGGACUUUCUUUUCCACAUGUAUUUCAUGUAACAUUUAGUGUUUAAUCUUAGUACAUUUUAAAAUCAGUGCACUUUUAAAUCCUAAAGCUAUUCAAGAAAAACAAAAUUCUUUGACUUGCACAAUUUCCCCCCCUCCUGUCCAACUGACCUGCAGUGAAAUAUUCACUUGUACUGAAUUUUUUUCAUCUAUAGGUUUUUUCCCCCCUCUUGAUUCAAUCCCCACACCUGCUGUUGUGUAUUUAUCUAAAGAAAAGGUGUGUGUAGGAUUUAUUAAGACCUCUGAUAUUAAUCCCAUUCCUUCUCAGUCCUACAGAAGUCCCCAUCGAUGCUGUUGAUCUGUUUGUAUUUCCUUCUGUGAUAUUUAUCUGCUUCUACUCAAAUAUUGAAGCUCCGCGUCCUGACCCAGGUCUCCUGACUAAACAAAUAAUCUACAUUUAUUACAAUUCUGUAAUAAAGUAGGUCAUAUUUCCGAGCUCAGAGCUGCGGGUUUUCUUCCAGCUUUCUCUCAGAAGCAGACAUUGUGAUCGUUUCUCACCGGACAGAAGCAACUAAAAAAAAUUCAGGUUUUUAGCCCUGAUCACACACACAGACAUGUUCCAGUUUAUCUACUUCAUAAUAAAAUCAGAUCAGAUUAUCUGUAGACCGGUUCUCUUUUCUCGUCUCAAUAACAGUGUUACGAUAUAGAGUCGAGUUCUUUUCUUUACACAUCUUUCCCUCAUUGUUUUAAUGAAUCUGAAAUAUUUUCUCUAAAUAUGACGGAAUGUAAAUCUGCUUUCUGUUCUUUAUUUUGUUGUAUUUUUUUUUACGGCUGUUAGACCAGCUAUAAACUAUAAAUCAGCGUUAUGUGUAAAAAGCUUGCGUAAUUCAUCCAAUAUUUUUGCGUAGAAUAAAUAAAUGGUUUUGUUAAAUUUAUUCAAACGUUAAAUAAAAGAUCAACGAAAUCAA